AUGGCUGCAUCUAAGGAUGCCUAUGAAGAAUUGCUUCAACAUGUAAAGUCAGGGCUCCCCAAUGACCGCUACAACCUGCCAAGUACCCUGCGUCCGUACUGGAAAAUUCGCAAUGAGUUGUACAACGAUAGUGACUUGGUGCUGUAUGGACCUAGAGUGGUUGUCCCUGCUUCUUUACGCCGUAGCACCCUGGCUCGCCUGCAUGAUUGCCACUCCGGUGUAGAAGCUACAAAGCGUCGUGCACAGCAGACAGUCUUUUGGCCAGGCAUUAAUGCAGACAUAGUAAAUACCGUUCAUGCCUGUGAACCAUGCCAGCACCUACAGCCUAGCCAGCAACAGGAGCCGUUGCUGUUAGAAGACAAACCCACAAGACCAUUCAUGUCUGUAUCAGCUGACUUUUUCAGUGUUGCUGGAAAACACUUUUUGGUGUAUGUUGACAGACUUUCUGGAUGGCCUGUUGUCAUCCUGUGUGGAAAUAAUGCAACAAGUGCUUCAACGAUUAGAAUCCUUCGGCACAUGUUCCGUGAUCUUGGUGUCCCCGUUCGCCUGCGCACCGACGGUGGACCCCAGUUCUCCAGCCGAGAAUUUGCUACAUUUCUUCAGCGAUGGGGAGCAAAUCUUCUCGGAGUCAGCAAUCUGAACUGCCAAGCACCGAUAGAACGUGUCACCAAAAAGCAAUGUAACAAUGUUACGGUUAAUCCCUAA